AUGUCCACAGCACAACACUGGCGAGUUUUAAGUCUCUCUUGCUCGGAAUAUGGUGUCAGGCUUCUGCAUCAAUCUCUGAAGACUUUUGCAAAUGCCCGGGUUCUCAUCACAUACGGCCCGACCGAAGCUGCUGUCGACUGCGCGACAUGGCGCGCGGACAAGGAGAGGCUCUGUCAAGUUCCCAGCGCUGCCCUCGGCUGGCCAGAUACUUUCCGGGCCGUCGAGGUCUGUGCGCCGAGCGGUGCUGCUGUGCCAUUGGGCUGCCCCGGUGAGCUCCGAAUCUUUGGUCCUGGGCUUGCGAAGGGCUAUGUGACGGCAGAGGAGACCUCCAAAGCUUUCGUGAGCUCACAUCGUGCUUCCGGCGUUCAGUACCGCACCGGUGACGCAGUGCGAUGGGGCUUGAUCUCCGGCCUGGAGUUUCUCGGGCGAUUGGAUGCACAGGCCGGAACGCAGGGGACAGUGGCUUCCGUGAAGGUUCGUGGACAUCGUGUGGAGCUGGAAGAGGUCGAGUCGGUGCUGAGGAAGUGCCCAGGCAUCGCAGAGGCAGCCGUCUGUGCGACGACAUCUCCUGGGCUAGCCAGACUUGUGGCUUUCGUCAGCCCUCAGAAGGGCGCUGCGAGUCCAACCGAGCUUCCGCAGAGCUUUGCGGCCAAGAUGCUGCCCGAUCACAUGGUGCCACACCAUGUUUUCGCGCGAGGCCUCGAGGCUCAGCAGGGCUCGGAUGACGUCCAGGAGCUCCCGCAAGAUCUUCGAACCGCUCCCGCGCAGCAUUUUGUAAAGCUGCUCCGGAAGAUCCUUCGACUUCAAAAGCUUGCAUUGGACAAGUCCUUCACACGGUUGGGCGGCGACUCCAUUUCUGCCAUCCGCGUCUCAGCAGGGCUCCGAGAGCAGGGCUACAAGCUGGCGCCCGCAAGACUGCUGAUGGCCACUUCCGUGGCAGUGGCUGCAAAGAGCAUUGAAGGAUGCUCCAUGGGAUGUUGUGAUGCUUCGUCCUCGAAACUCGAGGGCGAUGUAGAAAUGAGCUCGAUGCAGACUCGAUUCUUCGCUUUGGGUCUACACAAUCCACAUCACUACAACCAGUCCCUCAUGCUCGUUCCAAGCUUUGACGCAGCGCAGUUGGACGCCUGCUUCCAUCGAUGCUUGGUGCGCCUCGCGGAGCACCACGACAUGCUGAGGGCCAGCUCCUGGUCUCAUCUCAGAGCUCGUCUUCGUUUCUUCGUCCCUGUUGCACUGCCAUGUCACCGAGGUUUCCCGAAUCUGGCUUCUCAACGGGUUCGGCCGCAUUGGGAGGCUGAAGCGGCCGUCUCCGCGACAAUCAGAAGAGCAAGGCAGGGAGGGUACUUGUUUCCACGACACUUUGGUGAUUGUGGCACUGCCAAGCCACAGCAACGGACAGUCGCAAUCAUAUAA